GAUCCUGUUCUGAAACGGAAUAUUUAGGAAAAAUCGUGGACUAAAGACUACCUGGACUAAAGAUCCGUUUACAAGUAAAAACCCUAUAAGUUCCUAACCCGUGAAAGCAAUAAGUGGAAGAGAGCAGAAACAAGUUACGAAAUCAACCAAACAGGAUUUCUUCAACGGAAAAUAGUGCUCCACACGAGCAGGAUGUUCUCAGUUUCGCGUCAGCGGCCGAGUGAAACGGAAAACGGUCGGGAUUCCUGUCCCAUAUUUGUUGGGGGUCCUAAUAAGUCGGAAAAGUGUCGAAUGCUUUGGAGCAAGGGUUCUGGUCGUUUCGGUGUGAUAGUGGAAUGUGUUGAAGCCACGUUAAAUGGCUUUUAAAGUUGUAGCUACGCAUCGGGAUUAAGGUGUUUACAGAGCCCGCAGAGAAAUGCAAAUUCGAAGCGGCUAUCCUCGAGGCGAGGGUGUCCCAAAAUAAUCCGUCCACAGUUUCCGGGGCAAAAAAAGGAAUAAAUUCAGUGUGGAAAAUUUGCUGCUGUGUAGAACGAAUAUCGGCGGAAAAAAGUUCUAGCACCGUGGAUUAAAAGUUGACUUUUGUCGCAGGUCGUCGAAAGGACCCAAAUGGAGCUGCUAAAGUCUGUUUCCUCUGUUACGGUUUGCGGUGAUAUUUUUCAGGAUAAAAUUUUUCAACAUCUUGCUGGGGGAGAGCCAAAGUCCUGAAGGCGCCAACUUCUCGUCGACGCUCGGCUUUGCCGUCAUCGUCAUUGUUGUCGCCCGAAAGUCUCUGGAAUGACGUUUUUUUAACGCUUCCAAUCGAGAAGAAGGUCAGCACACGCGUUCAGAAAACCAUAGCAAAAAGUUGAACGGGGAAAAAUAAAAGGAGGCAGCUCUCGGAAAAACUCGAAGAAAACGCGAUUAAAACGUUGUGAGUGGACUACAUUAUCCUACAUUAGAAUCCUAACGAAAGGACGCGGCGAAGCUGAAAAGUUUUUCUCGGCCAUCAAUGUCCAGCAGCUGCUCCCUUUGCCAUUUGGAGGCAGCUUGUGAAGAGUUGUUUGUUUAAUCGUGUUUGUUGGAAAUGUGAAAGCGAAACCCCAUCAAGUAGCUUCAACAAGUUACCAACUCUUCCGAAAGGUUAUUUUUCAUUGAUGCGACUUGAAGAUAUCUUUAAAUUUGAUGGGAAAAUUCACGUGUUUUGUAAACUAAAGUGGAUCAACAUUAAUCAGAAAAAAGUUUCCAAUAGAAAAACAAUAAUAUUGUUUAAACGCCACGUGAAAAGAGAAUCUGGAUGAAAGAUAUAAUUUCCUGGGAUAAAGAAAGCUAAGAAAGUUACUAGAGCAAAGUGUUUGCGGAGCCGGCUGCAUUCGAACGGAACGAUUUUAGGAAAUCAUUUCAGAAAAUUGCUUACAGCGAGAAUUCAGAGAAAAAAGGAGCAAAGCUGGAUAUAAAAUUGUUUUCUAUUCUUGGAGUCGAUUCACGGAGCUUCGGAGAAAAUACUAAGCAGAAUCCUGUUCGUCACGCAUCGGUUCCUGAAUGUCACAAAACCCCGGAACAUGCGAUCAUAUAAUGAAUGUUCCUUAUUCUGCAGCAGUGAUUGAAAAAUUUCUUAACAUUCUCCGGUCGACGUAAAAUCUGUCCAAACGAAAAUAACAGCUAAAAAGAGGGAAAAACACAGGCCAUCAACCUGCCAAAACUUGAAGGUACAACGAGACGAAACAUAGCAACGCAGUCAACGACAGAGAAAAGGGCCUUUUAAUAGAAACCUGACCAUCGCCGGCUAAACGAUCGAUGUAUGUGUGUUUGUGUGUGCACCUGUACGUGUGAGGCAUCCGUGAGCCGUCGACCUCUCGCUGAUAAAUGGCGUAACAGAGCUUAAACUUGAUUGCCGGGGAUCGGCUGUGGCCAACGGCAGCAGAAAACCACCCUACAAUUGGAGUAAAGAUGCAGCAUCCGGAAUGCCACCUAAACUUCGCACCAGUGAUAUUAAAUGCAUAAAUUUUGGCUCUGAUUAUUGAACCGGAGCUUGGGGCAUCAUCCUCAUCGAUUGUGGCUACGAUUUCGAGCAAACAAACCUUUGGCCUUCUACUUCCGGUAUUUAGAUGCAGAUUCGAAGCUACAUGGGGUGGUUCCAUGUUCAGUAUUAGAAAAAACUGCUCCAUCUACGUACAGGAUUCAGUUCUUGUUGGCAUUUGAGAACAUCGCUGGAGCUAGAAGGCAAAAUUGCACCAAGUCGUAAAGUGAUCCCUGGAGGUGGCUCCUCUCCAUUUCGACCCUUAUUGCUGGUACCAACUGUGCGUGCGGGAAUUUUAUGCUUACUAUCCGAAUCAAAUCGAUACCGACGACGAGAUGGGUUCCCGAGCCAGCCACAACCGGAACGUUCUGAUAGUUGGUGCUCUGUUUUUAAUAAUUGUAGACAUAAAUCAAACCGAUUGCAAUUUCAUACACCAAGACCAUGCUAAGACGGGAAUCGGCAAAGCUGCUGCCACAGGCCCUUCCGGUAAUAAUGGUACAAGCAGCAGUAGUAGCGGAAGUGCCGGAAGUGAAAAGUUACCCUCCGCAACAAUUCCAAUGACGCCGAGCUCGAGCAGCAGCAGCACCGGAAAUGGAAGCACCGCUGCCAGUUCCCCGACCGGCUGGAUCGAGGGACAAAUUCCACUGGAACGAUUGCCAUCCAACACACUGCUCAAGUAUACUGCCUACAAAGAUGUUUCGAUUCUACACUUCCGUAUACCGACCGACACCCGUACCGCCUUCUUUAGUUUUAAGGCAUACGAGGAAUCUAAAAGUGCCUUUCAGCGUGAUUGUCAACCGAAUGACAUAACGUUACACUUAAAAGCUGGCAGCUAUCCAGUGAUUAGCCCGGAAAAUAUCACAUUCCCCAAGCACUUUCUCAGUGCCGACGAGAGGUUCGAGAUACAUAAUUUACAAUUUAAAUCCGACAGCAUCACGCGCCGCCUGAGCAUAGAUGGCCCACAUCCGGGUAAUUGGUUUGCCGUCGCGUUUAUCAGCUGGACCGAUCCGAACAACGAGCGCAUCGAGCAGCAAGGCUUGGCUCCAUCUUGCGAGACACUUCUCAUGUCCGAGAUGUCCGUGGCCAGCAGCAACCCGGUGAUGGUGCAUCCCGGAACUUCCCAGCGGGAGGUGCUUCUGUCCACCGGGAACCGCACCGAGCCGCGAACCUUCAAGUUCUUUGUCCCGGAGCAGGUGUCGUUGGUUCGCUGGCGCUUGGAGCUGGUGCGAGCUUGCGCCGAGUGCAGUGACGUUGGCUUCUGGGUGCAAGCUCACGGCCUUCCGACGCAUCGAGACUUCCUGCAGCAUGCGGUUAUCUGUCCAAACCAGACGGGCGAGAUGGAGGUGGAAUUCUAUCCGCAGGAAGGGGUCUGGCACUAUGUGGAUUUGGACUUCCUGGAGGACGAUGAGGGUAGGGGGAAUCGGAGCAGUAACGAGAGUCGGGAGGUGGAAUUAGUAGUGUCGAUGGAAUUUGUGAGGGAAAGUGAGGUGAACGAUGUUAAAGAAGAGAGCACGGUGGAAAAGGUGUUGCCUAAAAGGGUGUUUGAGGGAUUCCCGUUGCUGAGGCAAACGUAUCGAGAGUUUUUCAUGUUUGACUAUGAUCUGCUGCCCGAUAUCAAUGGAACUGUUCCGUUGACAUUGAAUUUGAGUGCUGGAACGCCAGCUUUGAUGAAGUUUGACGUUAACGAUGUGUAUGAUAUCGGAGGAACGUUGAGCUUUGCAGUAGCCAUGAGACAGGACAUGAAGAGCGCGUUGAUCGACGCUCACCAAGCGAAUAGCAACGAUCAUGUGGGAGUGGUGGCUGAGAAGUUGAUAGAUGUACAGGAAGACUUCGUUGAGCAGGCGACCACGACUACGACGAGUACGACCUCUACAGCUGCGCCAACAGCGGCUUCGAAGGAGACUAGCCGAAGCAACCAGACGGUGAUAGUCUGCAUGAGGUUAGGUGAACCAGGAGUUCCUACUUGGCCGGACAAAUGUGUCUAUGGGAGACACACGUUUCCGGCUGCAAUAACUAUUAAUAAUACCGACUCUGACACCAGUACUGGGUUGGUUCAUGUACCUUUUCCAGAAGCUGGAAAGUGGUACGUGACCUUGGGCAUUUUCUGCCACGGAGCGGAAACUGCUGCAAGAGUGACAAUUAUCGAUAGUGUUAAGGAGUUUAUCAAGAAAUACCGUGAGAUUUUAAGCGACAUAAAACAGCCAUGUUCCUGUUCUGAAUCGGCGAAGUAUUACUUGGAUUGUUUGGGCAACGAUACGUGCUUGGCAAGCAUCAACGAAACGGAAACACUUAAAAUCAAAGAGUGUAUAAUGGACGCCAAGUGUACGGAGCAGUCCGAGGAGAUGGCUAGAAAGUUCGAGAUUCAUCACAAGUACGCCACGGAGCAGAGCGUAUCGUCGGAUAGUACCUGUAACGGAAGCAUAGUCUUCACCAUCUCGUCCAGUCCGUGCGUUGCGGGAAGGUGCGGACGUUUCGGAAGAUGUUAUCAUUAUAUGUCCGGUGGAUUUGUGUUCUCGACAUGCCUUUGUUUACGUAAUUAUCGGGGCUGGGACUGUACCGAAGAUUCGCAAGUUCCUUCAAGUGCUUCGAUACUGUUAGCUUCGUUGAUGCUGACCUUGUCGAAUCUGCUGUUCCUACCCAGUAUAUUUUUUGCCGUCAGACGAGGCUACUACACGGAGUCGAUAAUAUACUUCUUCGCAAUGUUCUUUUCAACAUUCUACCAUGCAUGUGAUUCUGGCGAGGAAGAGUUCAGUUUUUGUCUCGUGAAGAUAGGUGUACUGCAGUUCUGUGAUUUCUAUUGUGGCCUUCUGGCAAUCUGGGUCACGCUGAUAGCCAUGUCCAAUGUGAGGCAUCAGUUUGUCUCAUUACUACACAUGCUGGGGGCUAUUCUGUUGGCUUUCGGGACCGAGCUGAACAAGCAGUCCCUUUGGGUAUUCCUGGCCCCAGCGCUAACCGGGCUCUGUCUGAUAUCGGUAAGUUGGGGACUACGCUGCCGGAAGACGAAAAAGUGUUUCCCAUCACGGGGCUAUCUCGCCUUCUACCUUCCCGUCGGCAGUGUUCUGGUAAUGGUCGGAUUGGUAUGCUAUGCGUUCCUACAAACUAAACAGAACUAUCACAUUGUCCACUCGAUCUGGCACAUGGUAAUGGCCCUGAGCAUCCUCUGCCUGUUGCCUAACCGGAAAACAUUUCAACAAAAGUGCUAGCAUACGGUCAUGAUUUAUCUCCUCAAUUCAUCCUCUCAAUCGUCAAACUCGAUGUCUACGGCCACAACAUCGGGAGCAGGGCCCAUGACCAGUAGUAUGGCAAUUACUGCAUCGGGACAGCCGACAGGAGAGCAGGAGGGGAACACUAACAACAGCAUCGCCACUAUCACCGGCCCACAUGGUGACGUAGUCUCGAUGGCCCCCGGGACUGGUGAGGUCGGCAGCUGCGAAAGGCGGAAGAAUUCCGUCGCGACGGCCAUUACCGAAAUCACUCCGUCGGCAUCGCUUGUAAAUAAUCUAACCGACGCGACAACUAUCAGCGCCAGCAACAGCAUGUCCUUAUCGUCCACGUACUCAUCGCUGGCAUCCGCUGUCACAACCAGCGGGGUCCGGUAAAAUACUCGAGAGCUGCUACCGUACCUCUACAAGCUAGGGACACCUCUGACCGACAACCUUCGGCAGGAGAGUAUUUCCCACCGAAGUUUGAACAGCUACGGUACAGUGGUUUUUUCCUUCUUCUUUCACCAGUUGUGUAAACGGACGCAAAAAAAAAACAAUCACAGGAGGACAUAAUUAACACUCACUCGCACUCAACCAAAUAUGUUAGCGCACACGCACGGCACACAAACACCUACACCAAAAAGAUACAACUUUAUAUACAUAGAUAAAAUGUAGCAAAAUAUUCAGAAAAGUGUAGCAUAAAAUAUAUGUAUAUGUAUAGCAAACGUAAGAAACAUAAACACGGUACGAUUGGGGAAAAAUCACGAUUCGCAACUACUCAAAACCCGAUGUUAACUGUCAUUAGCACAAGAGAUUCUACUGAAAACCUAGCUAGGUAGGAAAGUGAUAUCUUUUAUUAUUAAAAGGGGAACUGGGGGUAUAAUGCCCAUUGUGGGCAAAACGCUCCACUGCGAUAUCUAGCUAGUUAUACACUUAUUUUAAAAUUUCUUUACGUUAUUCCCUUCUAAUUAACAGUAGAAACCUUUUGUACAAAAAAUUAGCAUCAAAUUUGCGAUAAAUUUCUGCAAAAAUCCAAAAAUAUUUUUGAAGCCAUAUUCCUUGCAAUUUGUGCCUUGACUUUCGUAAGGAAUUACGGCAUCUAUCGGCAAAAAAAAUUACCUGACAUGUGUUACAAUUAUGAACAUUGGUCUUUAAAAUCAUCACAAAACGAAAAAUUUCCUUAUUCAAUUAUUUUUCCUAUUGUUUUGAACGAUUUUUAACAAACAUGUCUAAGAGGGGCAAAACGCGCCAUGUCCGUUUAUCUUUAAGCAUGUUUCAUAUUUGUAUAAAUUUAUAUGCAGUUUCAUCACAACAAUUUUAAAGAUAUUUCCAUGUUGUAUUGGAAAACAUAACUUGAAUAUAAACGAAUAUAUUUAAAAUUUCUAAUUUUAAUAUAGAUUUAAUUAACUAUUCACAAGAGUUUAAGUAUAUCUGGCAGCACUGCGCGUAGCAAUAUAUUUUCCCAUCUGUGAAGUAGAAUAGAAGUGUUUUUACCUGACAAACACUUUCGGAAGCACUUGAAUCAAUAAACACUUAUUAAACGUUAAACGGUGCGAUUGGGUACACACAUAUGCGCAUUAUGCCCCUACUGAAAUUGAAAUCCAAUUUUCAACCUACUCUUCAAACUUCUUUAAAUUUGUGGCCUUUUUUGACCUUCCAGUUAUUCUAACUAUCAGAUUUCGACAAAAAACAUUCCAAACUUCCAAACACAAUCGAAAAGUAAAGUUAAUCUUUUCAAAUGUACUCUGAAACAAGGCUUUUUUCUUAACGUGGGCAUUAUGCCCCCUCUUCCCCAACUAGAAUAAAAAAAAACUGUGUUAAUGUGAACUGACACGACGAAAAAACGCUACCCACUGUAAACGGUGCAUAUGUUUGCGAGAUUUUUCGUACAUUCGUGUAAAGAGAGAAGAAUUGAUGUAAUAACCAAAAUUGUUCCAGCCACGAUAUCUACCGGUUGGAAGCAUCAUCAUAUGAUGUCAUUCAACGAUUCAAUAACUGGCCAGAAAAAUCAGGAAAAAAGUGAAACUAUCAAACCAAGAAACAUCUCACUCCUCUUCACAUAUGUUCCAAAACACAAACAGCUCAAUCGAUCAAUGUUUCGACGGAAGUAAGCAUCAUGUUAAAAUAUCGAGAAUUGCAUUGCAAUGUCCCGCUGCCGCAAAAGUUCGCCAGUUGACUGGCACAGAACCAUACCCAGCCACCAUCAUACAUGGCAUGGAGCUGAAAACCCGAUUUGCUUUCAAGGUACCGUAAACUGGGGAAACUUUGAUCACUUUUUUCAUUCAUUUUUGAAUGUUUUGGAAGGAAUUGCUUUUUAGUAAUACUUAAAAGUUUUAAAACACUUACUGAGGCGAGGAGUAUAAAACAUGAUCAUUGAUUGCAGUAAAUUCAAACGACAUCGGUGGUUAUAAUUAAACGUUUGUUACAAAACCAGAUUUCGAGUUUCGGAGUAACUUUGAUCACUAUGGUUUUUAAGGUACCUCAACAUCUUCAAAACUACUUUUAUGGUGCCAUUUAGCACAGAAGGCAUAAAUAACAGUAUUUUUGUUAGGACUAAACUGAUUUUUUCAACGUUUUUUUUUCAAAAAUUUUUAUAAUCAUAAGAUGGACAAUGUUGCUGCAUACAUCUAGGGGUAAAAGUUAUAAACAUUUCUGAUUUUUUUUGGCCUAAAAAACAAAUGAAAUUUUACCUGCAUGCUUUCCCUAGGUUCUCGCACUGUUCCCAUGUUUGUUUUUUUUUCUUCAAAUUGAACCAUUUGAUAGGAUUUUAGCCAUUUUUAACUAUAGGAGCUUUCUCAUGGAAAAUCGCCGUUUUUAUUUUCAAUAUCCAAAAAUUAUCACCAAAUGACCAUAAAAAUAACACUUACACUAAACCUAAACAAAGAAAAAAAAGUUGAACUUUCACAUAAAACAGCCCAUUUGCUCCUAAAUGCUUAAAUUUGAUCUGGAGAGAUGUUUGUUUGUGAGCCUUCGAAAAACCAGAUAUUUUAAGAUUUUAAAAUUACAUUUUAAGUAACAUCAAAAAUUUUCUUAUAAAAACCAAAUUUAACUUAUUGUAACUCAAUUUACAGGCUUUCAAACGUAGUAAACAGUUUUCAGAUAUUUUAACUUUUUGCUAAGUUAAUGAUGAUUACAUAUCUGCAAAAAUUACAUGUUGAUCAAAGUUCCCAUCAGUUUACGGUACUUUUUAGAGCAGCGUCCGGCCGAAUCGUGUACAAUGAAUUGCGAAGGAAAUGCGAUUAAAGGAUUCUUGGAAAAUUGUUUCCAUUCCAGUACAAUUAAUUUGAGCGGUUGAUCGAUUAAUUGAACAUCUGAAUGGCGAUACAGGAACCUCUUCAUUAAUAUAUGACCUUGUUUGUCGGUGAAAUAGCAUUUUCUGUGACUUGAAUAAUACUUACAAAUAAAUUUUGCAAAAACUAUUGGGCCAUAGUUUUUAUUAGCAAAUGAGCUCUGGAAAACAUAAAAAAGUAAAUUUAGAUUUUCAUUUAAAUUUGAAAUUUUUGAAAAUAAACUCUGAACUGAACAAAUUUUCAAUCUAAAAUAACUUGAUUCUUUGAUUUUUCGCAUGUAAGAUUGUGUGCAAGUUUGUCCAUGCAAGAUUGUGUCCAGCUGGUUCCCUUUCUUGGAAAUCACAUUUUUUUUGUAAUGUUUUCCAGUGAUGGUCUUUCGUGUGCAGAUUUUUGACCAAAACUUUUUGCUCAAAGUAAAGAGAGUUAAGAUUUGAAUGUGGCAACGCUGACAGUUGGGAAGAAAUUGGUGUUAUUUUUUACGUUGUGUGGCUAUUUACUCUUCCCAGCAAACAUUUUUGUAGGUACAUAUUAUUCUCAACAACUUUGUUAUACGUUUCAUAUACAUUAUAGAAUGAUCGUAUGAAACUCGAAAAAACAGCAUUUAAAUAUUUACCUACCAAAGUGGAGGCAAUAUAUUUUCAUAUUUUCAACUUCUGGCGAAAGCGAUAAGAGUAUACGAUUUGGACGAUAAGUAUUCGACACCAUAUUCAUACUUACUGAAAGAAUGCAAGAGAGCAAAAGUUUUUUCUCUCAACGCAUGCGAACCGUUGCCAGUGACAAUAUUUGCUGCCUCUGUUAUUGGGCAAUUCUUGCAAAUACACCAUCUGAUUUUUAGCAAUCUGGCUGGUUGCACUGCUGAUCGCAUAGAGAACACCAAAGCUGUUCUCUCACUUGACCCACGCGGGAGAAAAAAAAAGGAAUGAAAUCGUCUUCAAAAUCAGCAAACAUGGCAGACUUUUUAUCAUAUCCGAUUUAAACCAUUUAAUCCGACAUCGAGUAACUAUUUUUACGACAUUUAACCAAUUUAACUUGCGUUAGUUGGAAUUACAAUUCGCAGUAACAUUUUUUAUGACUUGAGUUAUCAUUUUUAAAUGCGAUUUUAUAUUUGCUGGGCUUACACAGAUUUCCAUAAGAAAGACAGCUAAUCGGUGUUAAAUUGGAGUUAAGGCCUAGAGCUAUUGUUUUCUCUGUUUAACACAUAAGAAAACGUAUACCGGGAUUGUGAGCGCGCCUAUCGCCAUGGUUGCCCCAUGUACAGAUUUAUCUAAAAAAGUAAGAUUUUUGGACUCAAUUUUAGGUUCAGAUUCUGUACGUGCAGAUGACAUCGUGCAGAUGGGACAUCUGAACAUUUCAAAAUUGGGUACAGAUUUGUUCAGAUUUUGAUGAAGCAUUUGAUGUAAAAUGAUGCCAAAAUCGAACGGUAUUUAGAAACAACAUUACCUUUUAGUUUUCGUUAUAACAGGACCAAUUUAAUUUAGACAAACACCAUAAAUACGUCUUUAUGUUCUGGAAUUGUGACAAAAUGCAACAAUAAAAACCAAAGAUUUUUAAAAAUUUUAUAAAGUACUCAAAAAUAACAAAAAGUUGAAAAAUUUAAAAUGUUAAAAAGCAAAUUCAAACAAAAGGCUAAAUAUGACAAAAAACAGCUAAAAAAUGAUGAAAAAUGACAAAAACAGCAAAUAUGACAAAAUAAAACAAGCAUUAUAAACAAAACAAGAAAAGAGCCAAAAGCAUAAAAAACAUGAUGAAAAAAUUUAAAAAAAAUGACUAGAAAUGGUCGGAAAUUGACAAAAAAUAACGUCUUUGAUAAUACAGACCCCGUUCGAUUUUGGCAACACGCCCGUACAUUUUGUUUUGAAAAAAUCGAAUGUUGCCAAAAUCGAACAGUUUUUUUUCUGAACUUUUUUUUCAGUUAUUUUUACAAAAUAACUGUUAUUAUUAUCAAACACGUUAUUUUUUAUCAAUUUUCGACCAUUUGUAGUCAUUUUUAAAUUUUUUUCAUCAUGUUUUUGAAGCAUUUUCCACUUUUCUCGUUUUGUUUAUAAUAAUUGUUUUCAUUUGUCAUAUUUGCUGUUUUUGUCGUUCUUCAUCAUUUUUUAGUUAUUUUUUGUCAUUUUCAGUCUUUAGCUUGAAUUUGUUUUUUAACUUUUUGAAUUUUUCAUCUUUUUGUCAUUUUUUAGUAGGGGAGAGUGGGGUAUCGUGGGCCAUGGGGAAACGUGGGCCACUUUUAAUAUCUCAGAUGUGUUUUAAGAUAAAAAUCUCAAACCAACUGUCAUCGUCGACGCUUUGCGUGAGCAUAUAUUCCUAUAUGUUGUUGCCUGAAAUACGCAUCAUAUGCUUCUUUUAUUUAUCAAGCUAAAAAAAGUUAGAAAAAUUAACUGACAUAAUUAAAAAAAACACCCGCAAAUUUCAUCGAUGGGGAACCUAAAGUGCAAAACAAAAAUAUGCUCAUACGCUUAUGAUCUUAGUUUUGUCAUGAUCUUUCACGUGGAAAAGAAAUUUUGGAUGAAACAUCAAUAAGUCACACAAACGCAACCAAUUUGCAAAUCAUAGCUUGUGGAGAAUCGUGGGCCACACAUCUUGAAUCACCUAUAUUUUUAUGUUUUUAUACACAUUCCGAACUUAAAAUACGUUUUACCUAUCUGCAAAGUUUUCUUAUGCCAAAUGAAAAGUUAUGAAAAAUAUUUUGUCCAUCCUAUAUAGGAAAUUUGGCAAAACGUUCGCGAGUCAGGUUUUGAAAUCUAUGCGAUCAUACACAGCUCUCUUUUUUUAUUUCAUCAUCUGAAAUUGCUUUUAAAUAACGAAAUGAAUUAGGAAAUCACAGUUUUGGGUCAACUCAUAAACUUUGCAUGUUAUUUGGUCAAUUUGGACUUGGUGGCCCACGAUUAACCACCAUUUUUCAAAAUCCAAAAAAAAUUGCUAUUUUUUCAAACAGUCAGAAUUUGAGGAAAAUAACUAAUUAAAAAUUAAAAAAAAAAUACCUUAUGAUACCUUGAAAAUGUAGAAAACCAUACCAUUUUUUAUUUUCAUUAUAUCUUUUAUAAUAAAGAAGUUAUGGAACAAAGAAAAAAAGUGGCCCAUGAUUCCCCACUCUCCCAUACUUUAUGAAAUUUUUCAAAUUUUUUUGUUGUUAUUGUUGCAUUUUAUCACCAUUUCAGAACAUAAAAACGUAUUUAUGGUGUUUGUCUAAAUUAAAUUGGUCCUGUUAUAACGAAAACUAAAAGGUAAUGUUGAUUCUAAAAACCGUUCGAUUUUGGCACAUGUGCCAAUCGGAUGUUGCCAAAAUCGAGUGUUGCCAAAAUCGAAUGUUGCCAAAAACGAACGGGAUCUGUAAUAAUUGUUAUUUUGUAAAAAUAACUGAAAAACAAAAUGAGAAAAAAACCGUUCGAUUUUGGCAACAGAAAAUGUACAAGCGUGUUGCCAAAAUCGAACGGGAUCUGUACCAUGAGAACGAUUCUGAGUUAAUAAAAUAUUUAUAGUUUUUCAGAAAGAUUUUUUUCCGGAGACUUUAAACGACAUUUGAAAUUGUAUCUAUUACAAACACCGAAGUUAUAAAGAGUUAGUUAAGCAAUUAUUGUGAAAAUUGCACAGAGUUUUCAUGUAUCGUUGGUACAGAUUUAUGUUAAAAAAAAUACCCAUCAAAAAAAUUUGUUUGCUCAAAAGUAUAGGUUUAGAUGUGGCAACGCUGCCCAUCGUCUUUCGCACUGAGUUGUACACUGACAAAUCAUUUCACACUUUAGUGUGUCAAAUUUCACACAUUUUGGAAAUAAGUAGACCAACACAUUAAAUGUGUGAAGGUACCGCUGCACACUAAUGGGAAAUACCGCUUAAGGAAACGAAAUGUGUGCGUUUCACACAUUAUGCAAAAAGCGUUUAAAACAGGAAAAUGUGUGAAUAUCACAAAACAGUUCAAUUUAGGUAAACGGGAGGUGAUAGUUAAACUUAUUUUCAUUCAUUUGGAUAUUGAAACAUCAUGAUUUGAAAUCCAAUUUUUUGUUUUAUUAAUUCUCGCACAUUUUCAGUAAUUAUUUAAUUUAAGUGCUGCGGGGGGAGCAAUUCCAUGAGCUUUUUCUACCAGCCAGAACAAGCCGGCGAUACCAGGCCGGAUCUGAAAGAGAAAGUCAUGCAUUAGUCGAUUUAUUUUCAAAAUUUCAGGUGCUGUGCGGGUUUACUUGCCAUUGUUCUUUCAUGACUUGAAGCGACUUUAGGGAUGAUUGCUGCUUGGCUCGCGCAUGACUGUUUGUGAUUUCACACACUUUUUCCUUAAUCUGUGAAUUCGUAUAAUGUGUAAAUUUCAAACUUGCAUGGUGUGUGAAAACCACACUCGAGUUUGACAGCUCCAUAUAAAGCUUAGUUCUUUUAGAAAUGGGACAGUUACGAAUGCCUGUAUCUAAAAAACCAUUCGUUUGAACGAAAUACUUUCUAUGAAGAAAAAGAAGGUAAUGUUAUGAUCUUUAAUGAAAAAAUUUGAUAAAAAAUAUUUACCGUUUUUUGUUAAAGAAAUUUCUACUUUAUUCUUAGUAUCUCCCAUUGGCCGGCGCACACUUUUUUCAGUCAUGGUAUUGAUCAGUUUCUCCAACUUAUACGUCGUAAAAUCUAUAUUUUAGGUGGCUUCACCCUCCUUCUUCAAUUUCUGAUACUUUUUGGUCCAAUACUUCUCUUAAAACUGGAAACUGGAAGCAUUUUAGUGGAUACAGUUGUUUCGAAAUGAACAAAUUUGAUUAUUUUUGACCACAUUUUUGAACGUUUUUUUUUUCGGUACCGGUUUUACAGCUUAAAAGCUUUGGAACUAUCAAAAAAUGGUUGUUUGAGGUUGGAUUUCAAUGAGUCAUCACUAGGCAACACUGUCAGCUUAUCGGAGAAAAUUGUUUUGGACAUUUCAGCGAUCUACCCUUAGUUAUUCGUUUAUUGAAAAUUUAUAAUGCUGGUAUGAGACUUGACUUCCUUGAUGACCCUUAACCGUUGUUGCCGAUCAUGUGCUUCUCUCCAAUUCUUGAUUUGAACUUUGUGAACAUUAUUGGCAGUGUUUGCAUACUUAUCCACCACAAAAACUCAGUAAUUCUUUGAAUAAUCAACGGUUUUGUCAGCUAUCAAUUUGAUAAUGACGUAUUUUCAAGGAAACUGUGCAAAAUUAUUUUUUUCUUUUUCUCUUGCAUCGUACAUAUCUCAAAAACGCGGAAAUUUUAAAUUUUGAAAAAAACAGGUCGAAUAGAACUUUUUACAGGCAACAAAAUGCUGUCAAAAUUUUCUAUAUCCAAUAACUAGUUAACGAGCUAUUAGCAAAUGAAAGUGUCCCAUUUCUAAAAGAACUAAGCUUUAUUUGCAGAUAAUGUGUGAAACUAUUUUGCAAAAUGUGUGAAAUGAUUUAUCAGUGUAUGAUUUACUUACCGCGCUCUUGGCUGUAAUUCUCUUUCUAUCGCCACGAUGCGGGAGCUCUCACGCUUGCUGUCCGAGUCGUUAAAAGUCAGGGUUGCCAACAAUUUUAUUUUUCAAAAUUCAGGGACAUAAUUCAACGGAAAAUUCGGUCGAAGUGAGGACUAUUUUUUUAUCAUCAAUCCUUAUUUUGACCUCCACUAAUGUCUUUAAUUUAGUUCUAUACUGCUCAUUUUCCAUCAUAUUCACGAUAAUCAGGGAAAAUCAGACUUAUUUCCUAAAAUCAGGGAAAAUGGAGGCUUAUCAGGUUAUCACUUUGGGCCUCCAAAAAUCAUUCAAAUCCUAAAAAAUCAGGCACAUUGUAAACGCUGCUUACAGCUCGUGUAAGUUCGGGGACCAAGUGAAGCAAAAUCAGCGCAAGAGGAUUGCAUUCGGAAACCACACUGAAAACAGUGCUGUUUUAUCUCUUCUUUUUGUUAUUUGGGAGGAGCUAGUCAAUCAUGUACCUCGAUGUUUUAAAUCAUGUUUAUUUGAAAAAUGACUCACUUUCUGAAUUGUUCAUUUAUUUAAAAAUUUGAAUUAUGAUGAUCACUUCUGAAUUAGUUUUUGAAAAAAAGGGGAUUACAUUUCUAAAUUUUAGCUGAUUUUUCAUCUGAAUCAAGAACUUUCAAUUCAAACGUGGAUUCUGAAUGAAAGUUUUCGCUUUCAUGUCUAUUGUUUAACUGCAAUUUUUUAUUCUGCCUCAAAUUUUCAACGCAGAAUUUUGAUCCUUUUAUUUGUUUGUUUUUCAUUAUUUCUAGUCUUGUUCAACGCUGAAUUUUUGUUUGUUAACUAAAUUCUAAAUAUUAAUUUUAAUGUUGUUGGAUUUUCAGACCCAGCGAACAUGAAAUCGUAUCAAAAAAAGAUAACUUAAAGCCUAGUCCACAAUAGGCAACUUGGACUGCGAUUUUGGUUGCUGAGACUAGUUGAUGGGCCCUAUUACGUAAGACGAGUCGAGCAACUCGACUCGACUCCAGUCACUGUCGAGUCGAACGAAAUGUCUUAUUACGGUAGUCGAGUGAAAUAGCUGAGUCACGACCUUUCAAGCAGUCGACUCAGUCGAGCUACUCGACUGAAAUUCUACUCAACUCGACUACUGUAAUACCAAAAUGGCUCACUCGAGUAAAAUGACUCGUGACUCGUCUUAUGUAAUAUUAGGGCCUUAUGUUUACAUCUUGAUUGUUGAAAGUCUCCCAUACUUGUCAGGAGACUUGAGACGAGACGAGAUGCAAAUGUAAACAUAAACAAGUCUCAGCAACCGAGAUCGCAGUCCAAGUUGCCUAGUGUGGACUAGGCUUAAGUCGUUUACAAUGGUGUUGCGAAUUGCAAUUCCAACAGUAUAGUGAAAAUAUCAUAUAAAAUGUCGUCUUAGGUCAAUUUAAAUCGGAUAUGAUAAAAAGUCCGCCAUGUCUGUAAAUUUUGAAAUGAUUUAGCUCCCGCGCGGGCCUCUCGAGAAAAUCGUCGUCAUGUUCUCUCUGCAAUCAGCAGUGUAUACAGAUGGCUUAAUAUUUGAAAAUAUUGUCUCUGGCAACGAUUUGAAGGUUAUGAGAGCAAAAUCUUGUGCUCUCUUGCAUUCUUCCGGUAGGUACGAAUAAGGUGUCGGAUAAAGCCCAAUUGGUGUUAUUUUCAUCGCUUAAGAAUGAAAUGAAAUUUAUGUAUGUAUAUUGAUUCCACUUUGGUAGAAAAAUGCUGUUUUUUCAACUUUUAUAUGAUCUUUCUAUAAUAUUUAUGGAACGUAUAUGAAAACACCAUAAGAAUAUAGCUACAAAAAUGUUUGCUGGACCUGUUCUUAAAUUUUCUCGAAGGAGAAUUUUUUAAACAGUAUAGGUACAUAACCUGAAAAUCGUUAAAAAAAAAUCUUUUUUGAAAUGGUGUCCUCGCACAAUUCUUGAAAAAUGUUGGUAUAGUAAGAGCAAGUUCACUGGUGUUGGGAAAAAGUGGUAGAAAUUUUGUCACUUUUUGCACAUUUUGAAAAUGCGCGCUGUGCAAAAACAUUUUCAAGAUCUGUGGCCUUCAAGUUUUUCUACAACACAUCGUAAUCGAUGACGAUCCCAUCUUGAAGGCGACUGCUAAGCUGAAAUCCAGUGUUUCUGCAGGACCGGAUGGCAUUCCAGCGACUUUUCUAAAACGCUAUAUAUCACAUAUGCUGACUCCUAUAAAACGAAUCUUCCAAUCAUCGCUCACGGAAUCCACGUUCCCUUCCAUUUGGAAAGAGGCUUACGUGUUUCCGGUCUACAAAAAGGGUGACAGGAGGAACGUUAACAAUUAUCGUGGUAUUUCUGCCCUAUGUGCGAUCGCCAAACUGUUUAAGCUUGUUGUAUUAGAUCCAUUUUUCUCGUAUUGCAAUUUUUAUUUCUCUUACGAACAACAUGGAUUCAUGUCCAAACGCUCUACGACAACAAACAUGUUGACGUUCACAUCUUCCGUGCAAGACAGUUUUGCCAAGGGAUCUCAAAUCAACGUAAUCUACACCGACCUGACCGCAGCUUUCAACAAGGUAAACCACAAAAUAGCCAUAGCCAAACUAGAUCGUAUCGGUACGAUCAGGUGAAUCAUUUUCCAAUCAAUUCCCUGCCUCUUCUGGAGUACCUCAAGGGAGCCACCUAGGACCCAACAUAUUACUGAUCUACUUCAACGACGUGCUGCUGCUUCUCGAUGGACCAAAACUGGCGUAUGCCGAUGACUUGAAAUUGUUUCAAUCCAUCAACAGCCCCAGAAUAUGUCAACGUCUUGCAGAGCCAGUUUAUCAUCUUCGCCGGCUGGUGUGAUGUCAAUUGCCUUCCCUUGAAUCGCAACAAAUGUAGGGGGAAGUGUUCCUAAAUGCGCAUUAAAGUGCCCCAAAUGACCCGACUUUUGAAAAAGUUAUACGCUGCAGGCUAAAAUUGAUCCUUGGCCUAGUACAAGAUCUCAUGCCAAAUUUGGGCCAGAUCGGAUCACGUUUAGGGGUCGCUCAACGAGCCUGAAGUUUGUAUGGGAUUUUGAGACAUUUUGUUCGGGAGAAACAUGAAAAAUCAGUUUUUCAUCAAUAACUUUGGUCCCCGUCGGCCGAUUUCUUUCAAAAACGGGUUUUCUUGAAGCCUAAAUUAUGAAAAAUAUUUCAUGCAAAGACUGCAUUUCGAUAAAAGUUAAGAUAAAAAAGUUGUAAGGCUUCAAAAAUGGGCUAACUUUUUUAACGGUGGUAUUCAGCACUGUUAAUGAGGCGUCAAUAUGUUCGACCACCUCGACUCAUUAACAGUGAUGAAUACCAUCCUGAAAAAAGUUAACCCAUUUUUGAAGCCUUAUAACUUUCUUAUCUUAACUCUAAUUGAAAUGCAGUCUUCGGAUGAAAUAUUUUUCAUAAUUUAGGCUUUAAGAAAACCCGUUUUUGAAAGAAAUCGGCCGACGGGAACCAAAGUUAUUGAUGAAAAACUGGUUUUUCAUGUUUCUCCCGAACAAAAUGUCUCAAAAUCCUAUACAAACUUCAGGCUCGUUGAGCGACCCCUAAACGUGAUCCGAUCUGGCCCAAAUUUGGCAUGAGAUCUUGUACUAGGCCUAGGAUCAAUUUUAACAUGCAGCGCAUAACAUUUCACAGGUUUUGAAUUUCCCAUACAAAUUUGGGGCAGUCUAAUGCGCAUGUUGGGUAAUAUGCGCAUACAGCCGAUUGACGAUAUGGCUAGAGAUUCGUCAUAUCUAAUCAGUGCAGUUUGAGGGUAAUACGCUUUUAACACAUGGCAUGAAAAAAUUAAUUAAAAUAUAUUAAAAAAUUAAAAUUGCUCUUACGUAUAGAAAACAGAUGUCCGCUCAUGUGCAUAAAGUUUUCAGACUCCUAUCUAUCGGAAUAUGGGAGAAAAUGAGUGUUUUCCUUAAUAUGCGCAUAUAGCCUGCCUCUCCCCUACGGUAAUUUCGUUUUCACGCAAGCGGCUACCGCUAUCGGCUGAUUAUUUUCUGGGACAUGAGGCAGUUGCACGAGUUGAGCAUGUGAAAGACCUUUGUGUGAUCCUGGACAAACGGCUGGAUUUCAAGAUCCACACAAACUACAUCGUCGAUAAAGCUUCCAGAUGCCUGGGUCUUUUAUUCCCGCCGGACCGCAACACGGGCCUCUAUUGUUGCCGAUCUGCUUUCGUCUAGAACCGACUGCCCUGCACUGCUAGAAGCACUCCAACUCAGCGUACGAUUCCGAGGCUUGAGGAAUCGUAAUCUUCAGCUCUUUGCUCCUCUCCGACAGAAUAGCUACGGAGCUAAUACAGCGCGAAUUGGUGCAAUAAGGACGUUUAACGCUUCUCCGAUCAUUUUGAUUUUGACGUUUCGAGGGAAUUAUUCCGAAGAAGAAUCCUUAGUGCUGUAAGUAUAGUAUAGGGUAAAUUCCGUGUAAUUGUAGUUGGUCUUCAAUUUUUAACCUAUCAUUUCGAUCAAUAUGUGAUCUGUUGAUGAAAAUAAACAAAUAACAAAUAACAACACGUGUUGUAUUUUCGCAUGCUGUGAUGCAAAAAUAGCAAUAUUUCUAUCACAUACGGCUGAAAUAGAAACAGUGCUGUAAAAAAAUACAACGCCCAAAGAUCUUGAAAACAUUUUUGCAUGGUAAAAUUUUCAAAAUGUCAAAAUUUCUACCACUUUUUCCCAACACCAGUGAACUUGCUCUAAGGAGAUUCGAUGCACGACCUGUCGGCAAGGUUGCCGAAAUCACAGAAAAAUCUAUAUUAUCACAGAAUUUUGAGCAAAAUUUCGUCACAGAAUCUGUGUCACAGAUCACAGAAUUUUUAAAAUUUUCAUAAAAUUCACAGAUAUUCUUAAUUUUGUACUGAUUUACAUGAAUUAUAAAUUUAUAUGUCACUUUCGACUUUUUAUUUCUGUCUUCAAUUGAUGAAAAUAUGAAAACAAGGUAAUGUGAAUUGAUUUUUGUCUAUUAAAACUGUAAGUAGUACCCAAUUUGAUGAUGUUUUACAUGAUUUCCAAUGAACUUCAUAGAAAUUGAGUCAUAGAAAACAGUCACAGAAUUUUAGGUUCAAAUCACAGAAUUCGAGAAUAUUUUGUCAAAAACACAGAAUUUUUUUUCGGCAACCUUGCCUGUCGUUUGGGAGGCACCCAUGCUACCACAGAACCAUGCCUGAUGCAUUGGGAUGAGAGUUUCAAAAUUCUGAUAAAAACUUUCAAAGCAGGCAAAUGAAGGCAGAAUAAAUAAAACUGUUUAUAUCAAAGGAAGGGACGAUCACGAUCCAUUCGUUCGAAAAAAUCCCUUGUCUCCGGAUCGUUUGCUAGGUGUUCUUCCGAACUCCAAUCCGACGGGCAAAAUUUUACAAAAUCACCAUACAGUUGUUUACGUUGAGUUGGCUCGCGAGAAAUGUCAUUUUGAUACGCAGGACUGCCUAUAAAUUUCGAAUAUCAUCUGGUAGCACCAUUUUGCAACGUCGAACUGCCGCGUACUCAAACUUUCAUGCAUAUUGUUCCAAAGUUGCAAAAUGUAUGAAAAGUUUGGGUACAGCCAGGAGAUUCGAACCUCGAAAUUCAGGUUGAGAGCACUGCACGCUAUGACAGAACCAAGCAUGAUGCAUUUGAUUGAUCAAUUCAUUAGUUGAUUUUAUAUUUGAGAUUAUUACUGCAACAACAAUUUAGUUUUGAAUUUAAUUUAUCUUAUGAUAUUCAAAUCCCUGAAAAAACCUUUAGAUAAAGGUUUGCCCUUUUUGGCCCACUUGUUUUUAGUUUAAAGAUAGUCACGUGUUAAAUCAUUUAUUUGAGAGGAUUUUACGCAUCAAAGAAAACCAAAAAAAACACACAAUUACAACCCACAUAGAAAUCAUAUCUAGAUUGGUUCAAAGGCCGCAAUCUGAAAGCAUAACUUUAAGUCCAUAUGAAAAAGUCGUUAAAUAAGUAAAACUAAAACCAGGACGAAAACUGUUCCCGUCAACGUUGACAACAUCCGCUAAGUUCCAGCAGCACAACAAAUCGAAGCCAAGCAAAGGGGGGUAAACGGUUCGUAUCGUUUGGAACGACUCAACACUCACAGAAUCGCAAAAUGUGCCUUUGAAUGGCGAGGGAAAACAACAAAAAUGUCAUAUUUAUGAACUCAUCGCCACUCAAUUCAACCCCUUUUGAGGAGUCAACGAAAAUCAAAGCCCCUCAACACUUUCCUAUUUUUUACUUUUUUUUUCCAUACUGAAACGUGAAUGUAUGUAUAAAUAUGUGUGUAUGAAUAUAAAAAGCUCAACACGAAAAUCGUAAAAGGAAAGAAAAAAAAGCAGUAGUAAAAAAUGUAAAAUCCUCUAAAAGAGUCGUUUUUAUGCAAUUCUCUCUACCAGUGUACAAAAAAUAUGCGAAAAAAACCGCACACAAACAAUUGAAAUCACAAUAUUUGCAUUUCGCGAAUCCACACAAAAACACUCUCUCUACACAUCACAUCACCACGGUUGUCAUUAAAUCGGAUCCUUCAUCGAUGUGGUUUCCUAUCGUUGAAAAAAAGACAGUAGACAAUAGGCAGCGUUGAUUCCAUCAGAUUGUAAACAUUGCGGUCAUCUUCGAAAACCGCAAACGAUUCAUGCUUGUAUCUCUGUUGCCACCAUUGGUUUUUUUUUUUCGUCGAGAGCUUCAAAAGGAUUUCGGUUGUAAUUCAAAUUUCUGGCCUAGAACUUGGACAGAUUAAAAAAAAUUAGGAAAAAAAAGAAAACAUUUAACACUAUUUUUUCGGAUAUCAGCUAAAGUACAGUACCUUACAAAGAGUUUUAGAAUGUACAUAGGGUGCUCCUUUAUAUGUCUAAGCACGUUAAACACAAUUUUGGAGCAAUUUUAAUGCACUUUUAAACUCUCUUAUACAGUGAAUCAAUACAAAAUUAGCUUCCAAUCAAUCGUAGGUUGGUGAUAGGAUAUUUGAUCGAAGACUGCUCAUAAGCUUCAGCACAGACUGAUUUGCGAUGAAUUUGGCUACUUUUUUCAGUCUUUGGCGAAGUUUUUUAUAGAAUCUGCAGAUUUCACAUGUUUCCUCAAAAACGAUUUAAUAUGGACCCAAAAAGUUUCAAUUAGUUUUGCUCGAGGAAAAUUUGGUGGAUUCAUCCCCUUUGGUACGAUCUAGACCUAGUUGGAUUUGUACCAAGCCAUCGUGUCUUUUGAGUAUUGAACGACGCAGCUUCUUUAGGACUCCACUUCGGCUUCUUCUGCUUUUUAUAUGUCUUUAGACCCAAUUUGUCACUGAAACUGCAACCUUUAAAAUAAAUCAACCUGUAAUUAACAAAACCAGUAAUUUUCAAUUGUUUUCCUUGAAAGUUAUUUUUAUUAUUAUUAUUAUUAUUUUGUUUAUUCUUGCAACGUAAGAUAACAAUCUUUUAAUUUGUUACAAUUUGGCGUACAUAUUUCACUUGUAUUUCUUCUUCUUAAUAACUAAUCUUUCCGUCAGAUUGUUCUAGUUUUAUUUAUCUAUUUUAUUGUUUUACUCCACAAAUUCUUCAAGCAACCUCUUCUUAAACUCUGAUUUAUUAUUAAUCAUUUUUAAAUUGUUGGGUAGAUUAUUCCAAUUAACAAUGCCUCUGACAAAAAAUGUUCUACCAUAGUAUGAUGAACUAUGCGAAGGAAUCAAGAUAUUCCCAGUACGUGAGUUUCUUAGUGGCGCGAGCAAGGUUUUCGAGUUAACGAAAAGUUAACGAAGAUUCAUUUAUUAUUACAGCAAAUGUCCUGUAAAAAUGUUGUACACUGAAAAUUUAGUGUCACGUUAUUUGUUUUUCGACCUGUAAAAUUACGGUAAAUGUCCUGCUCCUUUUUGUUACAGGACAUUUGCGUAAUUUUACUGGAAAACAUUUUUGCUGUGUAGUGUAAUCAUUUUUGCUCGUUCUUAGCCACAUCCUGAACUAAGGUAGUUUUCUUACAGGCGUAAUAACACAUGACUUUCCGGUCGAAAGUUUUAUCCACCGGAUCAGGUUUCCACCCAUUUUUUGCCCACGAAGCUGCUUCCCUCUCCAUGCUUCCGAAUCGAAUUUCAGACCGCUCCAAUACUUACAGGGUGACAAAAAAGUCCGGUCACACAGGAAAACCUCAAUAUCUCAAGAAAUAAGAAGAAAAUCUGAAUCUGGCUUUCAUAGCUUUAUUCAGUAACUCAUAAAGAUACUUUACAGACGAUACCUCGGAAUUACACCACCUUUAUCUGAACGAACCAGCUUCAGACGUCUCGUGCUCCAUCGGCAUCUCGUCCCAGAUUUUCAUGAUAACUCGCUUGAAUUGCACCAAAUUUGCUAUUUUAUAGUCGUUCAGCUUCGACAUCAUGUAUCCCCACACGAAACAAUCCAGUGGAUUCAGAUCCGGAGUCGACGGAGGCCAUUCAUUCUUCGAAAUGAAAUCGGUCAAGUUUUUCUCACAAAACGCCUGAACAACCUUUGCGGUGCGGGAUGCUGCGCCAUCUGUCAGGAAGCAAGACUGACGUCUUGUUUUGGAACCUGGAAACGUUCAGCUUGUCCGCAGGAGCUUGCUGGAGGCUCACACUCCAAACUCGAUCAUUUUGGCGAUUGACUGUUUGCUCCUAAACGAACUGCUUCUUGUCCGAAAAACCCUUAACUCUGCCAUGGCUCACAACUCAAUGUAAACAAACUGCACAGCAACGAAACUUUGCCACUUUGGGCAGCAAGGUUAGCCCUUUCAUUUGACAUAUAGAACGCCCCAGAGAGAUGCAACGUGUAGGCUAUAGUCCUAUUUGCCGCUGGUUGUGUUCGUGAUAAUAUGCUGGUUGUUUCACCAAGCCUUUUCAGUUUGGGGACAAUUAACCUCAAAAACGAUCAUGUGUGUCGACCGGCUGUUCGUUUUUUGUACCGAGAGCUUUUGAGGUUAAUUGUCCCGUCUCAUCUGUACACGCUCAGCAAGUGUGCGUAAGAAAUGUCAAAACCAACUCUAUAGGCGACCCCAAAAAAGUGUGACCGGACUUUUUUGUCACCCUGUACUUCUUCUUUCAUUUUCGCCAACUGAGGCCGAUGACAUAGUGAAUGCGAUGCGAUACGAAACGACGAAUGCGAUUCAAUGCGCCGAACCACAUUUGAUGAUAAUGUAUGCGAAUCGCUUAAACCUGACAUACUCAACGCGGCGAAGCAGAUGUCAAUUUGUUCCGCCGCUCGAGUUCGCAUUGGCCGCGUUCGCCAAUUUGCAUCGCAUCGCUCUUACUAUGUCAUCGGCCUGACUCAGCGAAAUGUUGAGGAUAACUCACACGUUUUGUGCACGAUAUUUUAGCACUCUUUCGGGGAAAUGUUUCUCAUUUUCACGAAAUUGGAAAAUUGGAGCACACGAUACACAGAGUUCUAAAGCUUCGUUCAAUCGAUGGUAAAAAUCGGUUUCAACUGGUUUCUGUUAACUGGUAGAUGUUCAAUAAGUCCAAUUUUUGGGUCUAAACUCGGCAGCAGGAUUCGUUUCGACUUGGUAGAAAUCGGUGAUCAACUGUCAAUCCAUUUUUUCUUCGACCAGACUUCAUUGAACAGACUUUAAGUUAAAUUGUAAACAACAACACCCGGCGCUGUUUAAACGUCAUCCGGAAUGAGCAGGGUUGCAAAAUCGUGCUUAGACGUAAUGGGACACCCUAUAGGUGUUCUUAAUUUUGUAAUCAUUAUUUUGUUUUAAGAAAAAAAUUAUACUCAAAUGACUUCAGUUUAUACUCCUUCUCUAAGCUAAUCAACCCGUAAAAAAAAAUUUAAAUAACAAUCCAUCUGAAAAAAACUGCACAUCUUGAUAAGCUAAAUAUAAAACCGUGAUUAAAUGCAAACAACUAAAUUGUGAUCUACUACGUAAGAUAAAACAAAAAGUAAAACUGAAUGAACACGAACCUUAAACAGAACAUGAACUAAAUGUUAGAUGCUAGAACAAACACAACAGAUUAUACAAAAACGAAAAGAAAAAUUGAUUGUUUAAAGCUGACUGUUAGAAAGAGCACCGAUCAUUUGAACACUUACAUAAACAUUUCCUUUUAUACUUAAGCUCAAUAAAUCCUCUGCGAUAAACAAAAAACUAGGCCCGGAUUUAUUCGAGACAUCUGUGAUCAGUGUCACCAAUUUGAGUGUUACAAUCUACAAUUACUAAAUGUCAGAUUUUUUUGUUCCACCUCUUAUAACUAACGAUCAGUUUCAGGCACCUUUGGAUCUGGUAUUCGAAAAAUAAUUGUUUCUAGCUUACGGACAUGCUGUAAGAUCGGCAAACCGGAAACUUUAAUGUUCACUAAACUAUAGGCAAAAUGCACCGGAAUAAGUGCAAUAUUCCUUGCGAUUCAGACCGAUGGAUAAUCGAAAAAAAGAAGGGACAAGAGAUUUAUCAAACAGAAAGCGGAACUCUAUCUUUGUAGUUAAUAAAAGCUUGACCGGGGUUUGGUGGAUGUUAGUAGGGAAUUGUGCUAGGAAUCGACAAGAAUCGCUGUAAAUGUGAAACCACGAAUGAGAAAAUCUGUAUGUAGCAAAUAAAUG